GCUGUGCGGGGAGCGGCGGGCGCCGCGGUCGGGGCGGGCGCGCGCGGCAGCAUGGAGGAGCUGAGCAGCGUGGGCGAGCAGGUCUUCGCCGCCGAGUGCAUCCUGAGCAAGCGGCUCCGCAAGGGCAAGCUGGAGUACCUGGUCAAGUGGCGCGGCUGGUCCUCCAAACAUAACAGCUGGGAGCCAGAGGAAAAUAUCUUGGACCCAAGGCUGCUCCUGGCCUUCCAGAAGAAGGAACACGAGAAGGAGGUGCAGAACCGGAAGAGAGGCAAGCGACCCAGGGGCCGGCCGAGGAAGCACACGGUGGUGUCCUGUAGCCGGCACUCCAAGCUCAAGGAACCUGACGCGCCCUCCAAAUCCAGCAGCUCCUCUUCUUCCUCCACGUCUUCCUCCACCUCCUCCGAUGAAGAGGACGACAGUGACUUAGACGCCAAGAGGGGUCCCCGGGGCCGCGAGACCCACCCGGUGCCUCAGAAGAAGGCCCAGAUCUUGGUGGCCAAACCCGAAUUGAAGGACCCCAUCCGGAAGAAGCGAGGCCGCAAGCCCCUGCCCCCGGAGCAGAAGGCGGCCCGGAGACCCGUGAGCCUGGCCAAGGUGCUGAAGACCGCCCGGAAGGACCUGGGGGUGCCGGCCGGCAAGCUGCCUCCUCCGCUCAGCGCCCCCGUGGCAGGCCUGGCCGCUCUGAAGGCUCACGCCAAGGAGGCCUGCGGAGGCCCCAGCACCAUGGCCACCCCGGAGAACCUGGCCAGCCUGAUGAAGGGCAUGGCUGGCAGCCCCAGCCGGGGCGGCAUCAGCUGGCAGAGCUCCAUCGUGCACUACAUGAACCGAAUGAGCCAGAACCAGGCCCAGGCCGCCAGCAGACUGGCCCUCAAGGCCCAGACCGCUGGCAAGUGUGGCCUCGGGCUGGACCUUAAGGUGAGGACGCAGAAGGGGGAGCUGGGGAUCAGCUCCCCAGGAAGCAAAGUCCCAAAGGCCCCCAGCAGUGGGGCUGUGGAGCAGAAAGGGGGGAGUGCAGGGGGGCCCCCCUAUGUCCACAGUAGCAGCAAGGGCCCUGCCGGGUGCCUGGGCCCCCAGCCUGCACCCACCCAGGAGCUGAGCCUCCAGGUCUUGGACUUACAGAGUGUCAAGAACGGCACAGCGGGGGUGGGCAUGGUUGCCCGCCAUGCCACAGCCAGCAAGGGUGUCCCUGCCACCUGCCCAGCUGCAGGGAAGAGCGCCGGGGGCGGCCCCGCAGUGGGGAGUGGGUCCACCAUGCCCUCUGAUGGCAGCAAGAGUGAGAAGCUGCCUUCCAGGGUGGCGGCUCUGCCCUCUGUGGGCAAGAGGGACUGUGUCAGGGGCAGCUUGGCCACCAGCGGUCAGGAGGGCCACACGGCCCCCGGGGAAGCACGCAAGACAGCCUUGCCUGGAGAGCCGAGCGCCGGGGAGGAGAGCAGCUCCGACUCAGAGCCCGGCUCAGCCUCACCGCCCGGCGCCGCACAAAACCCAUCUGUGUCUGUCCAGACCAGCCAGGACUGGAAGCCCACCCGCAGCCUCAUUGAGCACGUCUUUGUCACCGAUGUCACUGCCAACCUCAUCACGGUCACCGUGAAGGAGUCUCCCACCAGCGUGGGCUUCUUCAACCUGAGACAUUACUGAUGCCCUGCGGCGGCCUGGCUCUUG